AUGUUAAUAAUUGAUGUGAAUAAUGAACUUCCUACUAUUAUAACUUCGGAAAUUCCCGUGGAUUCUCUUGCAAUUCCCGAUUUUUAUGGUGGGAUCGUAAAUGAAACUUGUAUGCAAUACGUGACUUCUCCACAAUAUAUUCAAGUGGCAUAUCGAGGAUAUUUUUCUUUAAAUGAUAAUUCAACUUUACUUACUUUCCCUAAACUAAAUGCAAUCCGCUUAAAUAAUCUGGCAUUAACGAUAGUGAUUGAUGAUCCAAACUUUAAUACUUCUAAAUUUGACCCCUCGCCACCUUAUGCUUACAUUUUUGAUUCAGAAAAUAACCCUUUAAAGUUAUCGAAAAGUACAUUAAAUUUAACAAUAUUAAAUGUCUCACAAUCAACAAAUAAUGAACGAAAUAUAUUAUUUAGUAAUUUGUUUGUAAUGCCAAAUCGAAUGAUAUUCCCUCUUGAUGUUGAAGAAGUUCAAGCCGAAGAUUAUAUUAGCAUUAUCCUAGUCAGACCAAAUUCAUUUGUUAACGUUAUUGAAACCGAACAAAGAUCUAGAACGUACGUGAGCAUUUUUGGAGUUAUCGGAGGUGCUUGGGGGUUAGUAUCGGCAUUCUAUGUGUUAGGCGCAUCGUUAAUCCAUCCAUGGGGAUUUGUACAAUCACGUUGCUAUGGGAUCAAACAAGAAAUUAAAGACAAUAUAGAUGAUAAAAUUAAUAAGUUACAGUUACCAGAAGAUAUUACCAAGGAGAUGAAAAAAUUAAAAUAUUUAUUAAAAGAGUACGUUGUUGACCUACAAAGCAUUGAAAAAUGA